ACUGCGUCAGCCAAUGGGAAACAGCCUCAUAUUCCGUGCGUAUGACGUAUCACACUGAUAGCCUGCUAGCCUGGUUUGCUAAAAAGAAAGAAGAUGGAUUCUCCCAUACUGGAACCAUCCCUCUACACUGUCAAAGCAGUCCUGAUCCUAGACAACGAUGGAGACAGGCUCUAUGCCAAGUAUUAUGACGAUACAUACCCUACUGUGAAGGAGCAGAAGGCGUUUGAGAAGAACAUUUUCAACAAAACACACAGGACAGACAGUGAGAUAGCACUACUCGAGGGCCUAACAGUUGUCUACAAGAGCAACAUAGACCUCUUCUUUUACGUGAUUGGAAGUUCCCAUGAAAAUGAGCUCAUGCUCAUGUCUGUUCUAAAUUGCCUUUUUGAUUCGCUCAGUCAGAUGUUGAGAAAAAAUGUUGAGCGGAGGGCUUUAUUGGAGAACAUGGAGGGGCUCUUCCUGGCUGUGGAUGAGAUUGUCGAUGGAGGGGUGAUCCUUGAGAGUGACCCACAACAAGUUGUGCACCGUGUGGCUCUCAGAGGGGAUGAUGUGCCUUUGACAGAGCAGACAGUCACACAAGUUCUUCAGUCGGCCAAAGAACAGAUCAAGUGGUCACUCCUGCGAUAGAGUCACCUCUAGAGCCUACCAGUGAGCCACUGCUCGGCAGAGUCUUCAUGGCACUGAUCCACAUGUUCCUUUGCCUCAGUUUUCCACUCCUACUAUCAGAGCUGUGAGGAGUUCCACUGGCUUAUCCAGUCGCACUCUCAGGACUACUACGACUUGACAGUUUGAUUUUCUUCUCUUUUUUUCUCCUUUAUUCUUCUUGCACAGGCUUGCAUUAUGUGACAUAAUCAACAUGAGGAUACGAUUUAGUGUACAUUCCAGUACCAGGGCUGACGUGGCCUGUUUUGUUUGUUUGUUUAUUUCAUUUCAGAACCCAGAACAAGUGUAUCUGUCUGUAAAACGUAGAUCAUCAUAUCCUGUGGCAGCAUUCCAAAUAUCUCCUUGAACAAGACUUUUAUCCACACCCCUUCAUUUCCUUCAGAUAACUACAAAGUUAUCGAGCCACUGUCUUACAAUCAGUUAACAUGCAUAUUGUGAUUUAAAGGUGUACAACUAGUACUGUACUUGUAUCUCUCUAAGCAGCGGUCAAAUCUGUUUGGGGAUCUUCCAUCGUUGGAUACUUUGAAUAAAUGUUUGUUGACACUG